AUGCGCUCCCGCCCGGGCGGUCCGAAGAACGUGGCAGCGGGGCGUCUCUGGGAUUUCGAAGAGAGUCAUCUGGGGGCCGUAGAGACCGUCGGCGCCUUCGGCAACGGCCGAGGCGCCCUCUUCAGAAUGCAUGCCGAGGGACGGUCUCCCCGGCAAAUGCCGUCCGCUUCUGCCGAACAGCAACGGUUUUGGUCUUCGUUCUGCACAGCAGGGCCUGGCGCUCAGCUUCCCUACAACGCCGAGACGCACCCGGGCCAUCCUUUCGCGUACGCUGCUGCUCGAGUUCCCGACCCUUCCGGCGUGGACGCCUCCUUUGUCCCUCCCCAGUUAGCCAGGGCGGAUGGCGGCAACUGCGGAUCUCUCCCGGAUGUCUCCGCGGCCGCGUACCCUGCCUUCGCGUGUGCGGCGCCUGCCCCCAGGUACGAGGCGCCACCGCCGGCUGGGGCGUCUCGAGCCGGCGAGGACGGGCACAGUCUCUCGCACGGCGGCGCGUGGACGACUCAGGGGGGUCCAGUGUAUCCAGGAGACAGCGGAACGUUUUGGUUCGCACUCUCGAGGCAGAGCGCGGGGACCGGUCAGGCACUCCCGUCUCAGGCCGUCCAAGGUUCAGUCAGUCUGAGGGACGCAGCCGCUGCUUUCGGUUCGCAUCCCUUUCCCGGCCAGGACACGUCCUCAGAGGGGCUUUCCCACGUGCCAGCGAACGAAUCUACAGCACCUCCGUACCUUUCUGGCGGGGCGGGGCCAGCGCCCGCAUUCGGUUGCUCCAGAGACCCAAGCGCGGGGGCAAAUUCAGGCUUCCUGCCUCCGUCUCAGGAUCCGAGUCGGACUUGCUUUCGUCAGGAGGAUGCCGCGCGACUUUUCUCCAUCGCGGGCGACUCGGCCUCCACGACGUCCACGCGCCGUUCAAGGGAGCCCCUCAGCACCUCUCGUGCUGGGCCAGCUUCACGGGAUGCAGGAAGCGCCGUUUCUGAAAGCAGGAGAGGCGAGGAGCACUGCCAACCGCCUUCCUUGCCUUUCGCUGGGACGGCGGGUGGGCCGUGGGACACGGCGCGGGCGGCGGGACACGCUCUGUCGGGAAGACUCGGAGGUGGGGGGAAAGACGGUGAAUCUGGCGUGUAUGUACACCCCGGGGAAUCAGACCGUGGAGCCUCAGGCGCCUUCAAGCUUUCCCACGUGCCGGAAACGCGCUUUUCUGAACCGGUGAUGCCAGCGUGCGUCGACACCAGGCAUGGCUUUAUCGCGCAUUCCGACGACCUGGUGAACGGCGCCGAAAGGACAAACGUUAUCCAGCGGCAAAGGGCGAUACCCGACGCUGGUCACCAAAGAGGUGAUCAUGCAUCGGCUGUACAUACAGCUGACGCUGUGCCGACUGGCGAUAGGUCAACUUGGCACGCAAACACGCCCGUGCCAGCCUCGUUUGUUCAUCCCCCCGUCGUUGUCCAUGCACACACUGACAGCAGUUUCCAGCAUGUGCCUGCGGGAGAUUGGAGCAGAAACGGCUCUUCGAAGACUCCAGAUGCUCCUUCCCUGCAUGCCGCCAAUACUCUUGCAAACCCGGCACCUUGCGCCCACGUGAACGCAGAAGCGCCUUGUCAGGCCACCGCCACUGUCUGUCGUGCGCCUUCUUGGGACGAGCGGCGAACUGCCUCUCUCCCUGCGCGAAGCGAGGAAGGAGGUCUGGAGGCGUCCGCAGCUCCGAAGAAGCGCAGGCGUGUGAAGAAGGCCGCGUCAACGACACCGAGUCAAACUGGGGUUUCGGCAGACUCGGGAGAGCGGGAGGCAACGGCGCCGACAGCAAAGCCCAAGCGGAUGCGUCCUGCGAGCUCGGGAGUCGCUCCACAGAGCCAUCCGCAGCUCCAGGCCGAAGUUUUGUCAUUCUCGCCCUCAGAAGACACGCCCGAGAAGGGCACGGAAAAGGCGCGCCAGGAAGCGGCGCCGGAGCGAAGCGGCGGAACGGCCCUCGGUUGGCCGCCAAGUCGUCAAGGCGGGUGCCUAGGGAGAGAAGACCUGGGGCGACCAGACGGGAUUGGGCUCUCGAGUUCGCAGGAAAGGUCAGACUCGCGCGUGCAGAGACCGGAUGCAGCUGCAGCGAACCAAGAGGUUGCUGCCUCCACCACAGCGUGUUCGUCCGUUCAACGCUCCCAGUGUGUCUCUCCCGGGGAUGCUUUGGGUCAGACGACUUGCGCAGCUUCUCCCAGUUUCUCUGUGUCUUCUGGAGUGAAAAUCCCGUCUUCCGCAGGCGUGUCUCUCCCUUCCUUGUCUCCAUCUUCUGUUGCACAUCCACUCGCAUCGACUCCUUCGUCUUUCCCGCCUCUCUCCGCCUCCUCAAAGGUUUCCGACAGCGAUCCCGGCCCCGGUCCAGAGGGAGACUGUCCGUCGGCAGGCCUCCUCAAUGACGCAUCCCGCGGAGCACCUGAAGCUGCAGGUCCAUGUCCUGCGUCUCUGCCUGCGUCGCCCUCCGGGCAGAGGCUCUCCGGCGCGCCGGCCGAGCUGCCGCCGCCGCGCAGUCGCCCGCGGCCUCGCCCGCGGAAUCUCUUUGGCACUGGUAGACGACCCGGACGCCAGCAAGGUCGCCAGCAGCGGAGACCGACUGAGGACUUUGGCGCGGAGAAAGGGACGGCGUUCAAAGGGCCAGAUGCGAGCGGCGCGCCUGGAGCCGCAACGUGCAGCAGAAGUCCCUCAGUGAAUGCGCGCAGCGUGCAGACGUGCGUCGUUCUGGGGUACGGCACGGCGAUGCCCGAUCGCGAGGUGACGGGCACGUCGCUCGUCGGGCUCAUCAACCUCGGCGGCGGGAGCUGCUUCCUGAACGCCGUUCUCCAGUGCCUCGCCAACUUCCGACCUCUCCGAGACUUUUACCUGCAGUGGGCUGAGACGCUCCCGCCCCGCGAACUUCUCGGGCGUCAGUACGCGGUGUACACGAAGCAGCUGGAGCGUCUCGCGCCGUUCUCCCGGCGCCGAGUGAAGCGGCGACAGCAAGAAAAGGCCGCGUCCGUCUGCACGUCCAUCAGCUGGGAGCUCGCCACCGUCAUCAACUACAUGUGGAGACUUUCCGGCUCCGUCAAGUUCCUCAAACCCGACGCGCUCUACCAGGCGUGUUGCCGCAUCAUGCCCGACUUCGAUCCCCACGAGAUGCAAGACAGCGACGAGUUUCUGCGUCUCCUCCUGGACAUCCUCGACGCCGAGCUCCGCGCGGCCGUCCUCCAGGUGCCUCUACAAGAUGUCUUGCUGCUCCAGAGGCGCCCGACAAAGUGGGAGUCGGACGACAGGGCCCUCUGCCCCGCGGCGCGCGACUGCGCGGGGGCCUUGCCGCCCUCAGAUGCUUCCGCGUCUGCUGCCUCUCGUGCUUCCCCGCCGACGUUAGCUUCGACUUCGUACGCCGCGUCUGCCCCCCCCACGGCCUCUCCCGUUCGCUGUUCUUCCCCGGCGUCGAUCUCGCCCUCCGUGCAGGGCGCGCGUCUCUCGGGCGCGUCUGAUCUCUGCCGGGAAGCCACCCCACAGAGCCCCAACCUGUCCCUGCCGCCCUCAGCCUCGGACGCCGCUGCACCAGGCGCCUCUGUCAGUGCUGCUUCCGGUUUGCGGCAGGCGUUUCAGGAAGCCGACCCGGCAAAAGCGACGCAUGCCACUCGCUCCGGAGAAGCUGCCUCGCCGCGCCUCGAGGUCGGCGCCGCGUCCACCAGCGGGGCCUCGGCCUGCCAGCAGGCCGAAGCGGAGAAGAGUGAGAGGAGCGAGGGAGGACAGAAGGCGUCGAAGGUGUCGAGCAGCACUGUGGACGCGGUACAGACUCUGUUCUCGCUGGUCUUUGAAGGCGGCGAGGUCGACGAAGUUUGGUGCAGCGCCUGUGGGCGGCGGACGGCAACACUAGUGCCGUUCAAGAGUCUCGCCGUGGCCAUGACGCAGGAGGCGCAGGAGCAGGCGUGCUACUACUCGAGCCUGCGCGCCAAGCCCGCGACGUUCUCCUCCGAGCUGAUUCCCGUCGACCUCGUCGAGUGUCUCGAUCGGCACUUUGCGGACGACGCGGACUCCCUCAAGCUGUCGACUGGCGAGGGGUACUACUGCAGUCGGUGUCAGCGGAAACAAGAUGCGGUCAAGCGCUGUUGCCUCGUGAAAGACCAUCUUCCCUUUGUGCUGUGCCUCACGCUCAAGCGCUUCGUGCGUGGACACGACACCUACAAGAUCUGGAACCCCGUUCGCUUCGGCGAGUUCCUGGACCUAUCCAAGUACGUUCGCGCCGACGCGUUCCCCGCGCCGGACGCAGCUGAGAAAAACCUCGCAGGCGCCGAGUGGGCCGACGGAGGCGCCAGAAACGACGGGCACGCGACGCAGCCCGAGGCCAGGGACAGCCUCGACGUGAAACGGGCGAGCGGGGCCCCAGAGGCCGACCCCGCGCAGACGGGCGAGGUUCUGCGUGCCGCAGGCGACCUGCCUGCGUGCUCAGAUUCGGGCGGCGCCGGAGUUCCGCGAACCGCCUCGUCGGCGGGGUGGCUGGGGGCGACGGACGCCCCUCACCCCUCGCGGUCUCUCCCUGGCUGUGCAGGCAGCGUCUGCCUCGCUUCUCCAGAGGGCUCGGCCGCCUUCCGCGCGUCCCUCUCGGGAUUUCCACGCUCUCUGCGAGACGCAGAAACUUCCACGAUGGCGAGUUUGAAUGCGAACAACGGCGCCUCGCGAGGGGAGGAAGGGAGCGGCGUCAAAGAAGAGACCAAGGACAGCUGGUCUGCAGUGUCGCGAGAACUGCACGGCCCCGAAAAAAAGAGCGAGAAACACGAGCAGGGAGGUCCCGGCGACCUGGGGAGUCCCGUCAAGUCUGAGAGAGCUGCGGGCACGGGUGGCGACUCCGCCUCGCCGACUGCUUCCUCGGCUUCUUCUUUGUACCGUUACUGUUUGGUGGCGCUCAUCGAGCAUGAGGGCCCUGCGACGGACCAGGGACACUACGUGUGCUAUGUGAAGCAUUUGGAGACGGGUCAGUGGUUCAAGGCGGACGACAAGCUGAUCACGCUGGUGGACUUUGAGACCCAGGUUCUGGCGGCAGCACCGUACAUGCUGUUCUACGAGCGCGUGCCGAGCUCGGAAACGACCCAGGCGUACCCAUUCUUCGCCAAAGAUGAAGCGGACGGCGCCGGUGUGGGCUCCGCGCAGAAGAAAGAGUCGCAGGCGGAAGGAGACGAGGAGAGCCCGUGCGACGCCAGUCUCUGCGCCGGCGGGCGAGGGGGGCGAACGUGGAGGAGGUGCGACUGGUCGGCGUGGACGCAGAGAGUGAAGGAAAUCCCGGUCGCAUGCGAACUCUUUGGAGAGGACGACAGUGGCGAGCCUAGUUCCUCGUGCACCCGCCAACCGUCCCCCGAGCGGUCUGUGGGUGCCGACAGUGACCCGCGAGGACUGUCUCCAGCGUCUUCGAUGUCGGCAGGCUCGGUCCGUCGCUCUCGCGAUUGCCCCGUCGACGGCGCGCCUUCCCCAGCUGGUCUGGCGCGGUCUUCCCACACGGUCCCAGGGAGAACGGGAGCUCGCGCGGCCCCGACUGGCCGCAGCAGCCAGAAAGCGGGAGAAGGAACCGGCGCUGGAAGAAGCCGCCUCGCGGCUUCGGGUGGGUCCUUCGCGUCCGCGCCUGCAGCUGCGCACGUCGCCCCUCUUUUCGGCGCCGAUGGAGGCGGCGCGGCGAGGGGGAAGAACGGGACGGAGCCCGUCAAAGGUGGCGACGUGGCCGAGAGCCAGGUACGGAGAAGAGACCGGACGUCUGUGCGCGAUGCAGAGACCCUGAAGCGUGCGGGGGUGGCGGCCAGCGCACAGGAAGCGGACGGAACACGAUCUGGUGAGUGUACGCUCCGCAGGGGGAAGCGAACUGUUUUCAUGGCCCCGCGCCGCCUCUCCCUCUUUGUGUCUGUUCGUUGCCUGCAGCGUGCACCCUUCUCGCCGACUCGCCCGCCGCUCUCUCCGUCCGUCCCCAGUGGCCGCAGCCAGGAGACACAGAGACCACAGACCCCUGCGUCUCGCGAUCGUCGCCAGGGCGGGGCGACGGCGCCGGACCUAGCCCGUCUCCCGCCUCAGGGCGCAAGCGAUUUCUCCCCGUUCGGCUCUGCCGGCUCCGUUCCCGCCCCGUGUGGCAAGACGCAGGAGGUGAGGGAGGAGUCGAGAGCUCAGAGUCGCCCGCCUGGUCCGAGGGCGAGGCGAGACGCAGCUGCAGCCGGCGUCGAGGCGCCAGAAGACACCGCGGGGGCGGACCCCGCGAGAGGCAUCCAGGCGCGCGCAGUACCGGAUGUUCGCAUGCAGGCGGAAGCGCCGCUCGCUAACCUCGAGGUUGCGAACUUCAGGCCCAGAGACGGCGGAGAAGGAAACCAAGGCGAGGCUUAUCAAAGCCGGCAGCCGCGCGCGGGAGCGGUUCUAGGAGACAAGACCUCCGAGGCAGCAGGGUUCCCUGGAAGGGAAUCGGUUUUUGGCAUGGGCCGAGGCAGUCCCGUGAAGGACGAGGCGACGCGGGCGGGACCGUCUGCGGAAACGGAGGAGAAAGACGACGCAUGCAUCACAUCUGCGACGGGCGCAACCACGUCUCCCGCCAACACAAGUGGCGUCUCUUCUUCCUCUCCCGGUUCCUCUCCAAUUAAGGCUGAGAGCGAAAACGCGUUUACGACUGAGGCAGGCGGUCCCGCUCCCCGCCCCACGUUCGUCUCGACCUCGAGUCCGACUCCACCCGGGAACCACCCGCAACCCUCCAGCGACGCGCCGCUUCCCUACGUGGACGCGCGCGUCGCCAGCCCCGCUGCUUCUCCACAGACGCCGCCUUACUGGGCAGGGGUUCCGCUGUCUGGGCCGAGCUCGGUCUCGAGCGCCUUUUUUCUCCGCGGCGAUGCGUCCAAGAAAGCCGGGAACUCGGCGCUUGUCGCCUCUGCUCCGCGCUUUCCAGAGGAGGGCGACACUGUGUUUCACCCAAAACACGACAGUCUCCGGGAAGACCUGACACCGGCGCUGACACCGCCCCGCAUCAGUGUCUCUGUCAGCGCCUCGGGAGUCUCAGCCCCUGGACGUCCCAUGCUCGGAGAACCGCAGCACAUGCGUGCGGGAACGCUGACAGGCGACAGCUGGAAGGGCGCGGUUGCGCCGUAUCCUUCCCAGCCGCUGUCUGUGUGGAGCCCCCUGGGAGUUCAAGAGUCAGGCAUGCCGCCGUACCCCCGCGUCGACGGCGCGCACAGGAUUUCUGACGCGUGCCCGCCCCGGCUGGUGGAAGACGCAGCCCGGGGCAGGCAGGCGGAGCUGCAGGGCGCCGGCGGAGACCACGCGAGCGCGCAGUCGGUGGGUCCCGAGGCGCCGUUGAGGGGCCCCAGAGAGCGCACGCCGGCAAGAGGAACGGAGGGCGUGGGGCCUGUCUCCGAGCAGAGCUGUGGGGCGACCUCGUGGCACGAGGUGGGAGACAGAACCCACGUCGAACGCAGUCCGUGCGGAGCGUACGGGAUGCAGUCGGCAAACGCAGGCCGCCCUGCGGACGGCGUCGCCUCAGAUCGCGCCGAAAAAGCUGCUCAGGCCGCAGGCGCUCCUGCACAGAGUCCCGCUCAGUCUGUCUCUCAAGAUGCUCCGAGCGCCGGAACGGUUGCCACUGCCGAAGACGACGCAGAGGCCGCAGCGAAAGCCGCAGCCGCCAAGGCAGCUGAGAGGCGGCGGCGAGCGCGCCAGCAGCAGCAGAACCGACGGCAGCGGAAGGCCGAAGCAGCCGCCGCAAAGGCACAAGCUGGGGCUCCAGGCCCUUCAGAAUGUGGCGCUGGCGAGGCUGUCCCUCCCGGUCCGGGUCUCGGCUCCAGUGCACCGAGAGGGCCCCUGCCGGCGGCCCCGGUCGGUCCAGGCGAGUUUCAGCCGCACCACGUGCAGAAUGGGCCGAUGUAUGCGGGCGCUUCGUAUCCUGGGUGGCAAGCGCAGAUGGGGCAUCCUGUCGCGGGGCCCUACCAGGACAGCUUUGCAGGAAACCUGCCGACUGGGGGUGCUCUGUCGCACGGCCUUUCCGGGCAAGCCUGCAGAGCCGGCGGACAGCAUCUGGGGUCUGCCGCAUACCCCUGGCCCGGGCAUGGAAAGUUCUACACCCAGGGCGUCCUGCGAACGCACGGUGGCCAGCCUACACAGAUGCUGCAUGCAGGCCAGUGGAACGCGUCCGUGUCCGUUGCGGCAGCUGCGUCUCAGGAGGCGGCGGCGGCUGCUGCGACGGACGCUGGAGCGCCCGUGGAACUUGCGAGAGAAGCCGCGGCAACGCCACCGAGACGACGCAAGAGGACUGCGGCGCCUUCCCCGGAGCAGGCCGGGAGUCGAGGUGAAGGUCCACCGCAGGUCGCGGCAGGUGUCUCGCAGCCGGGGGGCGUCUGGAAUCAUCUGCCUCAAGAGCGAGGUAUGUCGGGAGGUUCGGCUCUCCAGCCCCUGGCGAGGAACGAGUCUGCGGAACCGGGACGAGGAACCGGAACCUUUGGCGGCAACCUCCCAAGCCCACACCCGCCAGGCGUGUCAGUGGACUACCGGGAACUCACGCAGGUGUCCGUACACCCCGGCGUUCCCGAGCUCGGCGCGAGUCCCAGAGAUCCCCGGUGUGCGCCCUUCCCUGUGCAAGUCCACGGCAGUGGAGACCCGCAGUCCUUCGCGGGGCCGAGUCCAGGCGUUCCUGCGGCAGAGCAGCCAAGGGCGAGUUUGGGCGGCGCGGAAGUCGCGGCGUCCCAGAAGAAACCUCCGCGGAGAAGGGGGCCGGCCGCGAACAAGGUGGCCGCUCGGCCCCAAGCGCAGGCAGACGGCGCGUCGAUUUCCGCGCAGGCGACUGCGUGCACCGGCGCCGCGGGCGGGGAUGCGAACCCCGGCGCGUUUCCCCACUCUGCGCAGCACUUGGGAAACCGGGCUGACAGGUUCACGGAGACGUUUCCGAACUUCUCGAGGAGCCCAUGGUCGCCGCCGCAGACCCUCGACUCGGCCGCGGCGGCGCGCGACAUGCACACCAGCCAAGGCGUUUCAAAUCAAGCAGCUCUGCCGCCGAAUGUCCAGCAGGCGUCUGCGGCGACCGUUGGAUACAGGGAUGGGCCGCUCGCGCAGGCACGCCCACCCCAACCGGCGGCGCCGGUGUCUGGGUCGCAGGGCUUCGCGUCCGGUGUAUGUACACAGUGUGGGAGGCUGGCCACCGCUACGGAGCCGGGCGUCCACCCUUCCUGCACGUGUGCCGCGCGCCUGUUCCCUACGGCGUCUUGUGACGGCUUCGGCGCGCCUCAGAGCGUGGCAAGCGCGGGGUGCCCCCCGUGGGCCGGUCCCUCCUUUCCGGGGGACAGAAACCCUCCCGUUGAACUUGCGUCUCGACAAGCGCCGCAUGCGGCCUCUCGCGACGAGCGCGUCACGCAGCCCGUGUCUGCGUUCGCGGGGACUCUGCAGUCGAGUCAGAAAACGCAGCUCGAGUACCCCAACAGUCAGUACGGAUGGCCGCCGUGUGCGCCCCCAGGACGAGGCGCAGACCCGACCGAAGCAGGGUUCGUGCCGACUCCGUUUUUUGGGGAACCGAGUUCCAGUCAGGCCGAACCGUCGGUGGGCGCAUCCGGCGUCACAGCUCAGCAAACGGGUGCGGCGUGGGGCCAUACCCCGACAGCUGCUGGUCAGUGCCUGCCGAAUUCGAGCUCUCGAGGCCCUGACGGUGUGCGCGCGGAACCGAAGAAGCGGAGCAGGAAGAAGAAGGCGAGUGGACAAGAGGCUGCAAGCGUGCCGCACGGCAGCCAGGCGCCGGGCCCCGCGACCCACAGCGACGGUUUCGAAGCCAACGUGGCUUCGCGUCUCGACGCAGCUUCUCGGACGAGCAACACAGCGUUUCAAGAGGGUUCUCUGGCGGUGCCGCGCCCCAAGUGUCGGACAGCAAAAAGCGUGAAGCCAGCAGAUCCGGUGGCCCAUGAGCCGAGUCCGCACGUCUACAGUGACGAACAGAAUUUGCAAAGGCAGCUCUCGCAAGUGGUGCAUCCGGCCGCUCCGAGUGCACCCUAUCCCGGUCAAAAUGAAAAGUUUCCAGACAGGGUGGGGCGCGGAGACGGCGAUCGGCGAGACGCUAGCUCUCCAGCGACGCCGGACCAACCCUGGGAAGGGGGCUCUUUCUUAGGUUUUCAGAACCCCGUCGACUCCGUUUCUCCCGCGAAGGGAACGGGGCCUCAAGAGCCCUUUGCGCGCGGGCAGCCAGAGGGGCAAAAUUACGCUUGGGGCUGGACAGGUACAUGCGUUGGAGACACACGUCAUCAGACCAGUUUCCAUGGCGUUUCUCGACCGGCCAUGGUGCAAGCGUACGGGUCCGGUGUCUCCCAAGUGAUGCCUUCCACCGUUUCAGCCAGCCGAGACGUUAGGGUACACGUGGAGAACAAUGUGGGGUUUUCGCGGCCGAGCCCAACGGGAAUGGCCGGUAGCUCCGCGAAUUCAGAGUGUGCGUAUCAUCACGGAGCGACCGUUACCCACGCACAUGACUCGGGCGAGGCAAUUCUGCAACAGCAGCAACAGGCAGUCUACGCGGGUUUUGCAAUUCCCAGGGCCCAGCAUGUGCUUCAAGAAGAGGCGCCGCGGCAGUAUUGCCCCGGCAUGCAAGUGUCCGGACCUGCCAUGUCUCACAGCGGUCUUCCCGCCUUUCACGCGAUGCAAGCAGCGAACUGCGACAAUGUGCCUGAUCCGGGCUGGCUCGGCUCGGCGGCCGCGAAUCACCCGGAGGGCGCAGGCGCAGGCAUGGUAUGCGUCGCGGCGCCGUUUCCGCAUGGAAUUUGCGCUCAGCAGUACCCUCCUGGGGCCGUGCCUGGGGACUUCUACCAAUCCGGGUACAAAAGUUCUGAAGGAUUUUUCUCGGACGGCGCUGGGGACCGAUUGCGAACUCGGCCACCUGCCGGUGCUCUGCGGCAAGGUGGCCUACCGCUCUCUGCCUCUGCGUUCGCCUCUACCCGCGGAAAUGCGUUUUCUGGACCCGCAGAGGGAGUGCAGUGGAACCCAGAGGACUGGAGAACCGUUCUCGGGGACAUGGAAAGCGCCGUCCUCAAACUCGACUUUUCCCGAAGCCUCGACAGCUGGCCAGCCCUCAGAGAACAGUCCACCUUCAACGUCACAGUCGCUGAGUCGAACGUCAUAUGCGCCCACCCCCAACGCCGGGAUGACCAUCUGUUUCGGGAGUCCCCGACGGAGAGCGCGAGAGACGCGCACCCGAAGCGAUUGGCCUCUGCAUUCCCAGAGAUGCGCGACUACUUGAGAACUGCUCGACUCAGAUGGAUCGUCGACAGGUGCUUCCAGUUCAAAGACGGAGAGUCUUCCGAAUGGACCUACGAAAUCUGCGUCGGCAAAAAGGUGACGCAGUUCGCAGGCAACCAAAAGGCAGGCAAAACGAUUGGCAAGACUUUGUUGGAGUGGGGCACGUACAAGAUUGGUCACGACCAGCUGUGGGCGAACGGCACUUUGAGUCAGACUUAUGGGGACGGAACGGGAGGUCGGCAGACGGAGGUUUUCUUCGAGUGUCGCGAUCAGUACCCGACAGUUACGGCGAUCGAGGAGGUUCGGGCAAACGAGCUACGCAUGUGGGUCGGAGCCUCCAUGUUCUGCGACUUCCGACCGAGCAACCCGGCGCCACCCUUGCUGGAGACGCUCCUUCGGCCAAUGGAAGGCUGGUGCGCGAACUUCACGACUUCGGGUUUUUGGUCCUACGAAUACUGUCACCCAGACAGCCUGGUUCAAUUCCACAAAGACAGUUCAGGAGACAUUCACGGUCCCAUGUUCCUUCUGGGAACGCUGCACAGGUCGGGGCUGUCGUCCAAUUCCAUGUGGAAGACCGUCGCCUCUGCCGACUUCCCCAUACUGCGGGGGAAAGGCGCGGGUGUCAAUACACACGGCAGUCCAAAGUUCCGUUUCCUGCCAGUGCAGCUGGCCGACUUUCCGUCAGAGAUCGACAAGGGUCGCGAGGAGAAACCCCAGCAGAUCCUGGCUAUGGAGUUGACCAAUGGUACACGCUGCGAAGGUACUGACGUCCAGCGGAGCACACGCGUCCUCUUUGAGUGUCCCGAGGACUUCGCCACGCUAGGGACGCACCAGGUCAUGAAGGUGAUGGAGGGUUCCCCGGGGAGUGCAGUGGAGCCAGGACUCGAAGCUAUCCCGUCAAGUUAUCUUCCUGAUGGGAGAGUCAGUUUAAAUGGCAGCCACUUCGGCAUGCGACAAUACCAGAGACACAGGUCAUCCUGGAAGAACCCCGCCUUCAGGGUUGGCCGCCUCGUCAGGCAUCGGUGGUCAAAGUACACGGCGGUGGUUCUGUCUUGGGACCGCAGCUGCGAGGCCCCUCCGGAGUGGAUUGCAAAGGUUUACGAGCACUAUCCUGAAGCAUCCAGUCAAAAGCCUCAUUAUCUCCUACUGGUGAACCAGGCGGUUGUGACGGAACCUCAGCAGCCUCUGUUCACCUACGUGCCAGAAGUGAGUAGCUUUUGCCGUGGAACGCCUGAAAUCGAGUCGGUUCUCUGA